AUGGCCAAAUACGCUGGCAAGAAAUUUGUCAAUAACAAUGUUGGUUCCUCUUCAGUUGGUCCAAGUAGCUCUGCUAAUCCUGAGGCUAUGAUCGCAUCCAGAGAAUGGCAACAAAAUGUUACUAAAGAGACGGUUGUUGAGGAAGAAUUAAUCAGGCUAUUAUCUGGACAGACUAUCAUUGAUAAGACAACAACUACUAUGCUUGUGAAUUUAGCUACGGAGGAACUUAUUAGGAUGGCUGAAAUUGAAUAUCCUUUAUGGAUUCCAAUCAUUGAUGAUAAGAGCUAUCUGCUAAAUCAAGGUGCUUACUAUGAUAUGUUCACCGGAGGAGUUUGGCAAAAAAUAGCUGGAUUUAAUGUUGAAGCAUCCAAGGGAACCGAUAUGGUCAAGAUAAAUCAUGUGAAUCAAGCGAAGAUUUUCAUGGAUACGGAUAAAUGGUUAGCUGUAUUCGCUAACAUUGUUUCAAGGGUUUUAGUUGUAGAGGUGAUAUCAGAAGGGUCUGAGUCUGGAAGCUACAAUGGAACUUUGCUAAUGAUGAUAGCUGAAUAUCAAGCCCUCACACCAACUAUUCCAACUCGGGAGAGCUUAUUCCUAAGAUGUUGUAAACAACUAGGUGAAGGUACAAGGGGGAUUGUUGAUGUUUCUUUUAACAAUUCUCUCUCUCCAGGACCAUUAGGAAAGUGCCAGAGAAGACCAUCCGGUUGUAUAAUUCAAGGGCUACCAAAUAAUUGCUCCAAGGUUAUAUGGAUUGAACAUGUACAAGUGCAAGCUGAAAGUAUUCAGUAUUUAGGAAAGCCGUUUGUUGAGUCAGGUUUUGCAUUUGGAGCUCCUCGAUGGAUUUCAACAUUGACUAGACAAUCUGAACAUCUUGCAACUGCAAUGCAGAUGAAUUUCUCUCCUUAUAAUGAUUCUGUGGUUAUAAGUCCAAAAGGAAGAAAGAACAUCCUAAAGCUGUCUGAAAAGAUGAUGCUAGAUUUUUAUGGAGGUGUAACUUCCUCAACUGCAUAUGCGUGA